AUGGCAAACACCGCCCGGGUCCUCAAGUUCCCUCGCAGCGAUGAGGAGUCUUCAUCAGUUCUCGUCCAAGUCACAUCCUCUGGCCGCAAGGCACUGGACCUCAAGCUCGUUGCGACCGAAGUGAAGGCGCCGUACGUGUGCACCUUGAAACAUGACCGGGUGUCAUCACUUCGGGUCAAGAACUGCCCCGUAUCAGAAAAGGAAUGGGAGCACAUUCUUGAGUCCAUUUUCAAUCAGGAGAUGCCUGAUGACAUCCAAGUGACCACCACGGUCUCGACCGAGUCCAGCAUUGCGGUCACCGUGCGUAAGCAGGUGCAAGGAAUCACGCAACGACUGGGCGACAUCACCUUGAAGUGCGAUUGGAAAGAGGGCAUUGAGCUCUUCCAGUGGUGCGACGUAACCCUUGACGCCCUGGCCCAGGCUAAACUCGAGGCAUCCUCCUGCCUCAGCAAAAAUCGGGAGCUAGAGACCACAGUCACGGAACUACAGUCACAACUCGACGACCUAGUACAGGCCAAACAGGACGACGAGACAGCCUUGCUUCAAAAGUUCCGGGACCUGCUCAACGAGAAAAAGGUCAAGAUCCGGGAGCAGCAGAAGAUCAUUGCAUCGUCAUCUUUCGACGGGGGGCGGCCGACCUCACAACCACCCCAGCAGGAAGACCAACCUGCCCGACGUGCAGCCCCAUCGCGCCCAGCGAAAAGGAAAGCGGGGGCAUCCAACAACGCCGAAGAUGGGGAGGCAGACGGAGUUGUGGACAUGAUCAAGGAGGAGCUCGAGGACACAGACCCCGGUGAAACAAGCGAGGGCACAGCAUCUACAGCAAGCGUGGACGACGAGGAUGCAGCCGAGCCAGAAGCAGCCCGAGAGGGUGGCAAAAGAGGCGGCAAGCGACAAAAGACGCCCCCCAAGAAGAAGGUGCAAGAUCCUCCACCAGCACCGCGCAGCCUACCGUUUGCCACUAGAAGGGCCAGUGCACGGGCUCCAGCUGCUGCUAAUGACACGGACUCGGAUGAUGAGCUAUGA